AAGCAGUGUUGACCAAAACCACACGGCACUGGAAGCUUGACCGCGCCAGAGAACUUUCCGUAGUUGUAGCAGACAUCAGAUGUGUCGCAUUAUCCGUGUCUACUGGCCUCUGUGCAACACAGCGCUGUUGUUUAGGGCUAUGGAAGCGCCGAUACGCUGCAAGUCGUCAACGGGGAGGUCACAGGGGAGGUCGCAGGCGCAAGCAGUGGCACCGUAGGAGCAAGAGGUUUUCGCAAGAUGCGUCACACGUGCUCGGGGCUGUUACUGCUCUGGCUCAGCGCGCUCGGUGCGUGCCGUUACAAUGUGUGCCGUUUGACCCGCCGCGCUUGCUGAUUAUAACAAAAAAGGUUUUGUCGCUAACAUUGGUCACGUAAUGCCACAAACUUCAUGUUGCAGCGUCCGUGCACGCGGGUCCUAUGGACCAGUUCUGUCGACGCCCCGGCGGGGACUUGCCAGGAAAUGACAUAAGGUGUUAUGGUGAGUUGACAUCCGGUCGCGUCGUCGCCAGGACCUGGUCAACACGCUAUAUGGCCUCGCACCUCACACCCCGUGAUGCAUUUUCUGAACGUACAUGCUCAGGUGCUGGAUGCCCUAGGGCGCUCACAGACGCUGAGCUCGUGGACGCGGCGGUGCAAUGCCUAGUGACCAACAGUUGCGAGAGGUGCGCCCGCUUGUAUUGAAAACAAGGGUUAGGGGUCCCGUCAUUCCCGUAUCUAACAUGGCCCUUAAGACGCCCCUUUCACACGCCUCGCUCUCCUCCCUAAACACCCUGCUGCGUCUUGAAAACUACUGCAGCUUUGUGACGGAUGGAUACCUCAAGUCGUCAGCCACUUCCGUGGUGGCUUCCGGUACCAAGGAUGUGUACGUCAAGCGCAAACUGACGGACUACUACCUGGGUUGUUACACGGCUUUCAACGCGAGUGGCACACCUACGAUGCCGUACACCCUGUCCACGUCCUCUGUGACGGUGGCUAGCUGCGCGGCGCUCGCCCAAGCCAACGCGUGGUUCUACUACGGCAUUAUCAACGGCACGACGUGUGUCGUGACGACGGACAUGUAUCGCGCAUACUCGGGCGGCGACGGCCUAAACAAUUGCACCGCAACCUGUGCGGGGGGCGGGGGCGGCAACUGCGGCGGCACCAACUACGUCAGCUUGUACUACUUAUCGACAGACGUCAACCCAGAUCCGAUGUACAACUUUUGCUUCCAUGCGGGCUUGGACAUCGAUCCCAGCUACGCCACGACCUACAACCUGACAUCCGCGGGCACCACCAACUUCACCACCUUGGCAUAUGAGUGCUUGUCUCACUCCGACUGCCAGGCAUUCACAAGCCUAGGCGAGGUCCGCACAGUCGCGAACCUUACGUACCUGCAGGCGCGAAGCUACAGCACCAGCGGCUAUGGCGUGUACCUGAUGACUGACCUGCCAGCAGCCAACAUUGCACGGCGGCGAAGUGCGUAUGCGUCCAGCAGCCUCGCGACAGUAGAUUCCUCCUGGUGCACGUCAACUGGCGGCUGCAGCGCCAAUCCCUACGCCACAGAUGGCAUCCUGGACAGCGCUCAGGGCGUGUACACACAUAACACGUCAGACGCUCAGCCCUGGGUGAUGAUUGACCUAUUGCAGGCCUUCACCCUGACCGAGGUGUGGGCGUACACCCGCCUGGACUGCUGCCAUGGUCUCAUCAACCCUGAGAUCCGGUUUGGGUUCCAGCCGGUCUCGAGCUCCUCGGUUACCCAGUUUAUUAAGUGCAAUCGACUGUACUCCAGCAGCACAUUGGAGGGCGUUCAGGCGAUGGGCUACAAGUUAACGCCCAGGGCAGCAAACAUCGUUGGCCGCUACCUCACAAUCCAGAACCUGGGACCCGCGGCCGACUCCUCCACCGCGCUCAUGCUCACGGAGGUGCAGGUGUACGGCGUGGGCGUGGACUCGUACUACCCCACCACCCUCGUGCCUACCGCGUGGCCAGAGACCCUGCGGAUGGACGCCACAGUGCUGGUGGAGUCGGAGGGCCCCGACGACAGCCUCUCUCGAUGGCUGGGCUACACCAACCAGUCCUCGACCGCCUCGCUCGCGCUCAACAUCACCAGCGGCAGCGGCGGCGCGGGUGGCUGCGACUGGCACCUAUCCUCGGACGGCGUGCCGUUGGGCAUCAGCUUUAAUGGCACGUGCGGCAUGGGCAUCACGGGCGGCGCCAACAUAUCGACCUGGAACACGAGCGCAACGGCGCCCUUUGCGGUUGUUCUGGUGCUCAAGCGCCCGACCGGGUCACCCGCGGGUGUGCUGUUCAGCAUGGGCCGCUCGCCCACAACCAACGUCAGCCAGCUGGUGUGGCGUACGGACGGCGUCAGCAUCACCAAUCCAGCCAACACCGCUGAGGAGCUGCAGUUAUUUGCAAAGACGCUGAGUGCAGAUGUCUGGUCCAUGGAGGUGUUGCAGCGCACAGCCGCCGGUGACUUCCAGUACUUGCGCUGUUCUCAGUCCAUCUGCUGGGAGACUACCAACUCCAGCGUGUCGGUGGGGCCACUGUCCGUCCUAUCGACCGACCUGACUCUGGGUUGGGACUGCGCCACGGCCAGCGCCUACUCCAACGCCAUCUUCGCGGGCGUGUAUGUGUACACCCAUGCGCUCCCACAGUCCACCCUCAACCAACUGGCCGACUAUUACCGCAAUCGCUUACCCCUGGCCUCACUCGCACCGCCGCCCAGCCCACUGCCGCCCCCGUUUCCACCCAGACCUCUGCCGCCAAACCCACAACCCCCUUCGCCUGUGCCACCAGACCUGGCGCCUCAACCGCCUCCGUCGCCAGUCUCCCCCACGCCCUCGCCGGCCCCGCCUUCCCCGGCGCCCCCUUCCCAACCUAGCCCUCCGAGCCCGCCUCCAGCUCCCUCCCCACCGCCGAGCCCGCCUCCGCCCAGCCCUCCCUCGCCGGCCCCACCUCCCGCUCCGCCGGCCCGUCCACCACCACCGCCACCCAUGCCGCCGGUGCCCAUGGACUCCAUCGUGGUGCCUGACCUCAACGCCAGCUGGCUACUCGGCUCCGAUGGUGGUUCUGGUGCAGUCAAGGACACAACUGCGCCGAGUAUCACACUUGUGGGCCUGGCUGAGCUGAUGGUCGAGCGGUACGAUCCGUACAUCGAGUACGGUGCCAUAGCGUACGACGAUGUGGAUGGCGUUGUACGGGUCCGCAUCUCCAUCGCAUCAUCUGGCGGCGGUGUGGCGGUGCUUGCAUCCAAUAACACGCUCAACACCUCAGUGGUGACGCCGCCUGGAGAGCCCGUGAUGGUGACUUACACGGCUACUGACAAGGCGGGCAAUAGUGCGCAGCAGCAGCGGCAGGUGGCUGUGGUGGACAGCUGCGCAGACGUGGGAGAGUUCAGGUGUCCAACCACACGCGCCUGCUCCGUGUUCAAGGUGUGCGGCAUAGUAAGCGGCGGUGCAGCGACGGGUAGCGGUGAUGGCUCUGUCAACGACAAUCACCAAGACGGCAGUGGCAGCGGCAGUGGCGGCACCGGGUCAUCACGGGGCGGCACUGUGGCAGACGUCACGCCGCCCUCGCUCUUGCUGAGCGUUGGCGAGGAUGGAGUUGCUUUCACGACGCCGUCUGGCAUUUCUGGCGUGCAACACACCGUCUACGUGGGCAGCAGCUUUGUGGACCCGGGCGUGACGGCUGUGGAUCAGGUCCCUGCGCCCGGCGGCACCGGCCUGCCCACGGUCCUGGACCUGACUGCGGAUGUGGUCACCAGCAUCAGGGACCCCACCGGCGCCGUUGUCGCCGCAGUCAGCGCCGCCGUCCCGACGGGCAAUGCCACUGGCGGCGGCGCGCCCUUCACCAUCACGUACAAUGUGGCGGACGGUGCGGGCAAUCGCGCAGCUGCAUCUGUACGACUGGUGUACGUGGUGUGUCGGCAGCCGGAGGUGGCGUGCCCGGACAGCGACGGCGGCAGUAGCGCCUUCCCGGACCUCACCUGCAGCACCAGCGGCGUGUGCGGCGUGGGCAACGCACUGGCCCAGGGCGCGGCGGACGCUGCAUCCGGCGGCAGCAGUGCCGGAAGCAGCAACACCACGCGGACCGCCGCUAACACGACCUCAGAGGGCGCGCCGCGCUUUGACCUGCUGGGCUCAAGCGCUGUCAUCACGGUGCCCAAGGGUGCCGUGGUGGAGCCAUGUCGGGAGGGCAGCAGCGGCGGCAGCGCGUGUGAGCCUGGCUUCCGAGCGUCUCUUUCUGCGCCUGGCGACCUGAAUAGCCAGGUGGUGGCGUGCAAGUGGGGUGUGCCCGCGGGCGCUACAGCCCUCCCAUUCCGGCUGGCGGGUCUGCGGUACUGCGGCAUCAACGCCACACGUCCGGACACCUACAACAUCACUUACCACCUGGAGUGGCCGUCGCUGCCGCUUGGGGAGGUGGUUCUGGUCAGGUACGUCGUGGUGGAGCCCGGGUGUGACCCCGGUGAGCUGCUGUGCGCGGGCACACAGCAGUGCUCCGUGGACGGCGUGUGUCCCAGCGAGCCAGUUGGCAACGGCACAGCUGCGGCUGCCACCAGGGCCAAUCAGGCCCCGUCCCUGGAGCUGACUGUUACUCCUGAGCUAGGCCUUUCGGUGUCGGUUCCGCGUGGCAUCACCUACAAGCUGUGCGCAGCGGGCCAGAGCCCCACGACCGCACUGCCCUGUGAACCGCUGGGGAACGCGACGGACCUCGAGGACGGAAACCUCAGCUCACAGAUAGCGCUGUGCCCUCCCAGCACCAGCAGCAGUGCCAGUUGCGUGUCGACACAGUGCCGCGCGCACUGGCCCGACCGCAAGCAGCCCGUGGAUUGCGGCGUAGAUACCAUGACUGGAGCGAUAGGCACCACCUACCGCCUGCAAUUGGUAGUGUAUGACUCAGCAGGUGCUAGCGUGGCUGCAGAGCGCGUUGUGACGGUGGUGUCACCCUGCACCGAGGGCAAGUACUACUGCAUUGUUGAGGGUUCCUACGCGUCGGACGGGAGCCAGUCCUUUGAGUGCCUGGACAAGAGUUGCGAGGACCACGCGGCGCUCCAGGCGUCAGUGGCGGCGCUGUCAGUCAACGAGACACGCGCGCACCUGUACCUGUUACCGGCCCUGCAUUCCGCCAACCUGACCCAGGCGGAGGCGGACCAAGCCAUCCGACUGGCGUACCGCCAACCCGCGGGUUUCAGCCUGGCCCCUUGCGCCGCCUAUGUGGAGGGUAUUGCCUCAGCCGCACCCACCUGCGCGGCAGUAGCCUUUGACGCCAGCUACGCCAAUGACGGCGACAUCACCGGCGACAUCACAACGCUUGUGGAGAUGCUGUGCAACAAUAGCAGUAGCAGCAACAGCACCGGCUGUAGCAGCGGCUGCAGUGUGGUGGGCCUGAGCAUGGGCUACUGCGUGCCAGGCCGCUACCGCAUCACCUACUCCGUCAGGGGCGCACUGGGUGACCCCAUCAUGCACCGGCUCAACGUUACUCUGGAGCAGGUUUCCAACUCGGUCCUGGAGUUCGGUCUGUACCCGGGUGGAAGCGCGGCGGCGUCCAACGACUCGGCCGCGGCGCAGGCCUACGCCGCGGCGCUGCAGUCCAACGCUACCUUCCGUGAGGCGGCCCUGCUGCCACGACUGCAAUCACUGGGCGUGAGCUCUGCGGACAUGCGGGUGCUGAGCCUGGUCACGGUGUCAGCGCCCGAGGUGGUCAGCGUCACGGCCCCUGCGCCUGCCUUCGUCGUGCUGGUGCGUGCAAACCUCACGCUGGGCUUUUCGACUCCCGUGGACGGAAGCACCAGCGGUAGCAGCAGCAGCAGCCGCAGGCGUGGUCUUGCGGCGCUGUCGCCUGCUCACCUCGCAAUGGCCUGGACCGGUAGCGGGCAAAGGACAGGCCCCGAGGAUUACGGGGAGGGCGCAGGUGCCGUGCAGUUGACUGAUACGGCUCCACCUCAGGGCCUCGUGUGGGUGCCUGCAGCAGCGCAUGGCCAUACGGCAGAGCCACAACAGCGGCUGUUCCGCGCACGGCAGGACUUGGGCCUAGCAAUGCGGCUGCUGCAAGCAGCUGCAGGCGAGCCCGCACACGACGGGGAUAGCACCGGCCGCGAGGGAGCAGACAAGGGAGAACAGGAAGAGGGCGUAGAUCCGCGCGUGCGGCGACUGCUUCAGUCCACGUCAGCAGUUGGCUGCACAGCGCCUGCGGCCCUAUCUGCCGCGAGCAGCAGCAACGCCUCUGCGGCGGCGGGCCUGGCGUCUUUCAGCUCCCUCAGCACCAGCUGCUCCACACCAUCCAUCAAUGCCGUGGACGUGGCGCUAGGGGUGUUGACCGGUGCCAUCAACGACUUGCUCAACAUGGACGCCGCCGUCAGCGCCGUACAGAGCUCCAUGGGCACUGCAGCCGACGGCAUAGACACGGCCGAGGCACGGCUGGCGGAGUCCGUCAAGGCUUCUGCUCUGGACCAAUUCUCGGCCGCCAGCAGCGCCGCCGCCUCCGAGGAGUCGCGCGCCGCCACCGUGUCGCAACUGCUGGAUCGCACGCUGGCGCUUCAGGCCGACAACGCAGCAGUGCUACUGGGGGCCAUUGACAUACUGCAGACGGCGCUGAACGAGGCGGAGAUCAAUACUCAGCGUGCAGAGGUCACCACGGCACGGGUUCUUGAUGGCUGGGGCCUUCUGACUGGCGGGAGUGACGGUAGCGGCAACGGCACGGCUGCAGCUGGGCUGGUCUCUAACGAGACGGCGGCGUACGUGGAGUGUGUGUACGGCCGCGCAGAGGCGGUGCCCUUCUAUUUUAUGACCAACGCAACGCGUCGGUCAAACGCCACAGCGGUGGUACAGGGCAAUAGCACGCGGCGACGUCUAUCAGCUGUGCUGCAAGACCAGCAGCUUGAGGAGGCGCUGCAACAGCUGCGGCAGCACGCGCCACCAGCGUGGCGGGCGCGGCGCUCCCUAGGCCCCAGCACCAGCCGGACGCUUGUGGGGUCGGGCGUGUGUUGGCUGAUCCCGUCCGAGCGGCAUGACAAUGUAGGGCCUGCCUCCAACGGCGACGUGUCGGCGUUAGAGCCCACGUGGGCGGGCCUCCUAGCGGGAUGGCUUCAGCGCCUCCGUGCCCGCACCAUUGGCGCCGCGCGUCGGGCCUGGUGCCCUGCACCGGAGGGGGGCGUCGGCAAUGGUGGCAAUGCGAGGCAACAGCAGGACUCGCCACGCGUGACUGAGCGGUCGAUACUGACAGGCAGUGGUGGCGCGUCCAACGGGCGCGGUGACAGCAGCAGCAGCGGGGCGGUGUUUGCUGGCUACAGCCUUCCGGAGGACAACACGUUUGACUACAGCUUGUACGAUGUCCGCAACUUGGGCCGGCCACGAUUUGCCGGCCUCAACAACCGCGUCUUGGCGGGGCUUCUUCUGCAUCAAGUGCGAUACACUGCCUCCGAUGUGGAUGCAAGCCUGCUUGGGGAGCUGGCGACUGCCGGCUCAUGCCAGCCACAGCUGUACGGCGGCCGCGGCACCUCGGGCUGCGCGGGCGGCAACGGGACGCAACGCAUUUUGGCAUCGGUAUCCGAGCUGGGCGGCAUUGGCGUUGAUCCUGUGUUCAUCAAGCAGUCGCCCCUGUUCCAGCCUAGCCUGGACCCGGCGUCCUACUACAACACCAGCAAUGGUUCUGUUGAGCUGAACCCCGCCGGUGUGCCGUACGGCUUCUUCCACCAACCCCUGGGCCGCCGCUUCCCCGACGGCUACCCCGUGUUGCUUGACACGCGGCUGUCGGCGCUGCGAGCAGAGCAGGCCCUGUUGUUCCUGAGAGAUGGCAGAUACCUAUCCACUACGCUCACAAAGUCUGUUCGUGCCCAGUUGACGACGUACAACCCCGACGCGCGCGUGUUCGGCUACUUCCGCAUGGACCUCAGCUGGUCUGACAGCGGGGUCAUCGAUGCCAGCGUGCGCGUGCUGGGUCUGCCGGCGGUCAGUUACGGCGAGUCCAUCAUGCAGGCGCGUGUGGAGCACUUCCUGCCCGACUUCUUUCUGGUGCUGCUGGCGGCGGGGUACACAGCCAUGGCGGGAUUCGACAUCAUGCAGCAGCUGAGGCACCAGCGCGAAGAGCGGGAGGUUAAGGAGAUUGCGGACCGGCAGAAGCAGCAGGAUCGCAGGCGGAAGCGGCGCGCGGCCACGCGUCGGCGCCGCACCGAAGGUAGCCGGGACCCUAGCACCAGGUCCACUCCGGCAGCGAACCCCAGCAUGAGCAGGCACCGCAGCGGCGGCAGCAGGUCGGGUGAUGGGGCAGGCAUCCGCCCAAGGCCUUUUGUCGCAUCGUAUACUGCCAAGGCCGAUCGUGCUGCAGUGUCAAGCUCUGGGGUGGUGCUCACGAGCCGCUCCGGGGCAGUUGCUGAGCCAGCGCAGCCCGCUGCGGUCACCGGGCCUGCCAAAGGCAUUGCAUCGUGGCUGCCCUCUGCAAACCAUUCCGAUAACGCGGCCCUGCACGCGCAGCAGCCGCAGACGGAGGAUGCCAAUGACAGCACCGGGCACAGGCAGCAAUUGUCAGCUAAAGCUGCCAAUGAACCCAGCCCACUGCGUUACAGCGCUGCUGGAGGGGUGGACAGGGCAGGCAGUAGCAUUAGCAGCAGCAGCAGCAGUAGUAGCAGCGACAGCGAGUCUGAUAUGGAGAAGAAGCGGUAUCAGGCGCAGGGCUUCGUGAAGAUGCCAGGCAUCAACAAGUCCGAGCUGAGGUCCCAGCACCGCAGCUACGGCCGCCUGCGCUACCAGCCGCGCCUAACCCCUGGCUGGGUGCUGCUGGAGGUGGCCACGGUCGCUUUCAUGUGGGCAGCCAUCGGCGUCUAUUUCACGUACACGGUCCAGUUGUCCGUUCAGAAUAAGUUCCAGGGCCGCUACGACGUGUACGACAGCGACACCUACUCCCCCGCCCGCUACUUCCUGCUGCGGCGCGGCAGCAACACCACCAGCACAGCAGCAGUGGCGGAUGUGGCGGCGAACGCCACCCUCAACUCCACCACGGCGGCAGCUCCAGCCGCAGCGGCGGCUAAUGCUAGUGAGCUGCUGCUGGAUAACAGCACCCGGCGCCUGCUGGCAACGGCAGUCGGUACCUCUCGCCUCACGAGUGUGACCAGUCCCGGAUCAGGCGGCCUCCGCUUCAGCACGUCCACCAGCGUCCUUGGGGGCUCAGGCCUCACGGGGAACGACGGCACAGGCAGUCGUUGGACGCUGCCCGCAGACUCCUCUCAGCUGGCCGAUGCAGGGGCCAUGUUUUCUCGCGUGGAUGCGAUGUACGACAACAUCGUGCUGUACGGUUUGCUGCAGAGUUUUGCGCUGGGCAUGAUCAUCAUCCGCUGGGUGCACCACAUCUCCUUCCAAGCCCGACUGGGCGUCAUCCUGGGCUCCCUCGUGGCUGUCGCCUCCGACCUAUUCUACCUUGCGAUCGUGGUGGUGUUGAUGUGCAUCAUGUUCGCCGCGGCCGCCUGCAUCGGCUUCGGCUACUCGCAGCUGGAGGUGUCCAGCUACGGCGACGCCAUCUACCUGCUGCUCAAGUACGCGAUGUUCAUGGAAGACGGAGGCGUGCUCAAGAGGCUGGUCCAGGACCGGAACGGGCAGUACGACACCACACAGGGCGCCCUGGCCGCGCUGCUGUACGCCCUGUGCCCGCUGUUCUUCGGCUUUGUGAUGCUCAACUUCAUUCUGGCCAUCCUGCUGUGGCCCUUCCCCGGGCUCAAGUUCGCGGUCAGGAAGCAACCCAGCAUCCCGCAGGACCUGGGCGUCCUCAUCAAGUGGUGGUGGCAGCACCUCGUGCGCGCCGCGCCCAAGAACAAGCGGCUGUAUGAGCGAGUAAAGGCAUCGCUGGCGAAGGAUUCCCACCAAAGCCUGUUGGCGAAGGUUUCAUCCCACUUGAGCAUGCGGGAGCUGCGGGGCGGAAUGCGGCGGCUGUGGACACGCUGGGCGGCCGCCUGCGGCCCUCAUCAGUCGGACAGCCAGGGCAAGGGCAUGGCCGCAGCCCUGGAAGCGCUGGACGAGGCCCGUGGACAACGACGGGUUUGGCAGCUGCAGCCACAGCACCUCAGCCCUUUAGGGCAGCGGCCCAAGCACCAAUUGCCCGAAGGCAAGUCGGCUGCAGGCCUGGCGGCAGCGCAUGGUUCAUCAACUCCGGACCCCUCGGAUGCACGGCUCUCCAAACUGUCCGACCCGUCCACAUGGGGGGCGGAGCUGCAGCACCAGCAGCACCAGGGGCCCAGCGGGAAAGGCCGCCUCAGGGCUUCACUGCGCCCGUCGGUGGUGAUGCCGUUGCCGCCCUUAUCCCCACGGCCCAGCAGCAGCGCGGGCAUGGCUUCGCCAUCCUACUGGAAGGCGGGGGGCGCCGCCACACUCGCGGGUAUGGGUAUUGGGAGUCCCGACCUUGGUCAGUGUGGCAGCGUGGGGUCCAUGGAUGCCUCCAUUGACAGCAUUGCCAUCCGGAAUGCCGGGGGCGGUGCAUUGACCUCCGUGGUGACGGUGGCGGGGAUGCAUGUAAGGCUUCGCAGCGGCGACAGCGCCGCCGGCUCAACAAUGUUGUCGGCCGAGGCCGCAGGUGCCGGUGCCGCUGCUGCAGUCAGCGAUGCGACACUAGCCGGUCACGAGCAGCAGCAGCAGCCGCAGCAUCCCGAGGUGCUGGCAGAAGCCGUGCUGGACAAUCUGGUCAGGCGGGUAGGGGUGUGGGCAGUCAGCAGGGUGCCCAAGAAGCUCAAAUGGGGCAAGCACCGGAGGCAGGCAGAGGCGGCUGUGGCGGGCCAAGGCGCGCAGCCGGCCAGAUGGCUCGAGCCGCCGACUGAUGCCGCGAUGCUGCGGCCACUGGCCCAGGCAGACAGCGGCGACACUGGCGCUGGGGGCCUCAGCAACGGCAAGUUCACGCCUUUUGCCAACACGCAUGACACCUGGGACGGCGAGCAAUCAUCAGCCGUCGCAUCGUACAGUGCAGCUGUUUCUCCUCGUUUCAAGCAAGGCGUUCCGGUCUUAUCAGUUGCGCAGUCAACGCCACAGUGCUACUCGCCAGGCAGUUUGCACGGCCCGGGGCCUGCAGCCGGGGGCAUGGCCAACUCCGCCAGCGGCUCCCUUACAGGCUCUGGUUCGGGCUCUGACACCCGCGGACACGUGAUGGCUGCUGGUUCUGUCACGCUUCCCAUCAUGCCCGCCAUGGCCCCCGGCAUGUUCCCGGAUGCCGCCAGUUCUGCCACGGAGCAGGAGCAGGCGGCGCACGCGCUGUCGCUGCCGGGACUUGGCUACCCCGCCUCGCGCGAUGUGAGCAUUCGCGGCAGCACCGGCGACGGUGGUGUGCCUGCCAGCAGCGUGCUGCGAGACGCUGCCGACGUUGCUGCUGCCGCGUACGCCACUGACACGGGCGGAGCGGUGGGCCUCAGCGACAACCCGAACCUUGCGGCGGUGGUGGCUACAUCACUGGCAGUGGAUGGCGCGGGCGGAGCCCUGAACCAUACGCCGUCGUGGUCAGUGCGCCUAGCAGCCCGAGCGCCAUCGCUAUCAUCUUCCCGGCCUGCAUCGCCGCGCAGCAGCUAUGCCCAGCACGACCUCAGCGGUCCGUUGAGCCCUGGUCCCGCCACAGCCGCCGCAGCUGCAACCUCGCCGCUGCCAUUGGGUGCAGAGCGACCGCCCUCUGCCAUUCGCAAGCAGCGUACGUCCACUCUCGGAGCCGGCGCUGCAGCAGGGGCGCCUGGCGCGGACCGGCCGCCCUCGGCCAUGCGCGGCACGCUCACGUCAACGCUUGGCGCGGGAAGCAUGUCUCGAGCCUUUACGGCCCCCAGCAUUCACGACGCUGAAGCCGAGCCUGAUGUGCAGACGCACGCGCUUGGCGCCGACGAGUCGCGCGCGCACCUGGCCGCCUGGCCCUCACAGCACAUACACUCCGCAGCAGUAUUUGAGCGAUCGCAAUCGAGAGAAAAGGUCUGGCCGGGGGGCGCCGCACACGCACCAUCGCGCCUGGGUCGCGGUAGUGGAAACGGCGGCGGCACCCCGCGUGGCUCAGCGGCUGGAGGUCUCUUUGGACCAGGGCCACUCUUUGCGCCGGCAGUAGCGCCUGCGGCUGUGUCAGCGCCGCUGCCGUCCCCUUCGGGCGCGUUCACACCAGUGACUGCCGUAGUGGCCACUGGUGAUGACGCAGACGUGUUCCUGGCUGCUGUGAUGGUGGUUGACAACGGCAACGGCAGCAGCGAGCGUGUCGAAGGCCGGGGCGCUGAUGCGCUCAGCUUAGACAGCAGCAUUAUGGGCCGGAGGGCGGCACCCGUGCCUGGCUCUGCUCGCAGUCGAGCGGCUGUGCGCACGCUGCCGGCCAUUCUCAGCAUGGGUGGUGCGCCUGAACAGGAGCACCAUGAAAUGCAGGCGGAGCCUGCGCCAGAGUUGUCUGGGGCUGUGACAGCAGUGCGGCUCGCAGCUUCCAUGGAGGAGGUCGAGGAGGACGACGACAUGGAAGAGCCUCGCUCGGCGGCGGUGCUUGAUGUGGAUGCGCAUGAGCCGCAGGCCGCUGCUGUCGCGGCUGCCCAGCUGCCCAGCCGCCGCUGGAUGCGCCCCGACGCCGAGCUUGGUGGCGCUGCCUCCAGCGCUGGCCCCGUGGCUGAGGCCCGCGAGCACCAGAGUCGCUCGCGUCUACUGCCACGUGCCAGCCCCGCCUUGGACACCAGUCAAACCGGCGCUGCUGCGGCCGGUACAGAGGUAGCGCGGCCGCCGCCUGUGGAGCAGCCGGACGUCGAGGAGAUGCAGAGCUGGCGACCCGCCAUGGCAGCACCGAAGCUCGCUCCGCGCCAGGGAGCGAACAUGGCUAUGGCUUUAUCUCGCAUUGAGUCGCUCAUUGCGCAGCUGCGGGAGCUGGUGGGGCAUCUGCAGGCGGCGACGGCCGAUGUGACAGCCAUGUCGGCUGCGGUGGCCAGGUGGACGGAGGCGGCGGCGCUGGUGGCCGCGGCGACGGCGACAGCCACGGGUCUGCAGCAGCAGGUGGCUGUCGAGGGGCCGGCGCAUAGAGUCAUGUUCCUGCUGCAGUUGAGAGCAGUGCUUGCGGGCAGAAGCCUGACUUCUGGAACUGCCAAGGUUGCCACGGGUGCGCAGCAGGAGGCCGCUGGCAAGUCGGGGGGUCGCGAUGUGACCGUUGACAACAACAGCGGCCGGACCCAUGUUGACGGGACUAGCCCACGCGGAUGCGCAGCCUUGGCGGCGAGCGGUGGCAGCAGCACCCGCAACCGCAGCAGUGGCGACAGCAACCGGGACGGCCCCAAACUUGAAGCCCCAACCGCCGCUCCGCCGCCGUGCACAGAAGCACAGGCGGCGCCGCUGGGAAGUCACGCCUCCGGCGAGGCCAGCGCAAACGAUCCAACUGCAUUUUCGGAUGCUCAUACAGACGCAUAAAUCGAUACACUGCAGCGGGUCAACGCUGGAUGUGCAUACUGACGAUGUUUCUUGUUGUGUGGGCCGUGGCUGACCCGCAUUCAAGUAGUGCACGUCUGCAGCAGUGCACCCUCAUACGCAUUUGAUGCAUUCGAAUGCAAAAACUGCAUGUUCGAUUAUUUAUACGCAACAUUUCGGUUCAAUAGCAUGAUGUCUGUGUAGUUAUACUCGCCCAUUAACCGCCGCACACUUGCGGCAACUCACGCACAUGCGCUGUGAGAAAUAAGGCGUGCGCAUUAGCAGGGGCUAAUCCCCCGCAGAUGCAUCCGAUACGCGAAGCAGUCCCUCGGCCAUUUAUUUUUGCACCGAACGGUGUUUUUGACGCACUGUCAACGCAGCUGGGAGUUGCAGUGACGGGUAUCAUACACUUGGUUGGCUUGAUGUGUCGGCCUGAAAUACUGGCUGAGAUUACAUUUAGUCAAUGCACGCGGUGUCAGAUAGAACCCCGGACCCAAUCCAACCCCCCCCCUACGCGUUCUCCGGUGGCGCGCGCCGUUGUGAGAAACACGUGUGUGUCGUAAGCAGUGCCGCUGCGGCGGCUGCCACCGCGUGCUGUACAAGGUGACCUCGGAGCACUUGGCCUCAGACUCGAACUUGGGCAGGGCCCGGAAGGUGCAGCAGGUAGACCUUGCGGCGCUGCAGGUAUAGGAGGCUCGGGGGGAGGACGGCGUCAUUGCCAUUCAGCGUCUGGCGUUCAGCGGCAUGCACGCACGCAGGGAGUGUGCUUGCGGGUUUCCUGCACGGAGACAACAUGAGCGGAGUUGAUUAGCAGAUGUGGUUGGCUCGACCAGUUGUGGGCUUCCUGUUGGAGCCGUUCGAUAUUAUCUGUCGACGAGGGGAGGGGCCCGAGCCCGACAGCCCCCCGCCACCAUGCCGCCACCGCCCCCAACGGGUCGAAACGCAUUGGGCGAAGGCGGCCCCGUCGCUCGGUGGAUGGUGGCCGCUCCGUGCGGGUGGGGCGCGGCGCCCGGACGAGAGGGGCAGAGGGUCCCGCCAACUGAGAUGAAAAGGCUGCGGUAUCUGUAAUUGGUGACCUGC